AAAUAUAUCCAAAUAUUUGUAAUAAAAAAACCCUUGAUACUGAUUUUCCGUUCGAAAAGAGGGUGUACAUCCCUAAAUCACAUGUGUGUUGGGUUAUCUACGCAGCAACAGCUGUGCGUAUGCUAAUCUCACAAAUCCGCGCUGCGCGCUUAUUCUAGUCGUCAAUAGUUAUUGGCAAAAUAGCAACGAUUAUUCGCGUUCCCUGGUUGUUUACGACCUGUCUGCGAAACAAAGCAAAUAAUUAGCGAAUUUGUGCAAUCAGUGCGUUUGCGACGUUCGGGCGACAAACAUUGUGAACUUGGAACGUCCUUCAUCCGGGCAACGGGCCUAACAUGUAACCGCCAACGUUUACUACAUUAUAACGUUAUCGGCGAUUGCGUCUGAAUACCAAGAAAGAAUUUGUCGUGUGAUUAAAAGUAUAGAAAAUGGGUUUCAAGUUGCGAUUGCUGCCCAUUGCCGGGCUGAUUCUGGAAUAUUCUAUUUGGUGCCAUGCUGCUGACAGUGAUAUUGAGAUGGAUGCCAAGGCACAAUCAAUGCACCGGAUUGAUUCACUCAAUCUCCUCUCUUACACAAUGCUGCUUAUUUUGACUGUGCUCACCGUUUGGCUAUUCAAACAUCGACGUGUUAGUUUUCUACAUGAAACAGGCCUUGCUGUGAUUUAUGGUUUGAUUGUUGGUGCGAUUAUUCGCUAUACUGGAAGUUCCGAUCCUGUUCUGCGCAUGUCCGUUAUUCCAAGUGACGAUAAAUACAACAGCAGCUUACCACCCGACGCUUUGACUCUACACUAUGUUAAAAAUAAAAGUUAUGAGUAUCUCUUUCGCGGUGAGAUUCAUAAUGCGCGGGACAACGCCAUCGAUAUGAAAGCCACCUUCGACCCGGAGAUAUUCUUCAAUAUUAUUCUACCGCCGAUUAUUUUCCACGCCGGUUACUCUUUGAAGAGAAAAUAUUUUUUCCGUAACCUCGGCGCGAUACUAACCUUCGCCAUCGUCGGCACGGCGGUGUCAUCGUUCGUCGUCGGCGUGCUGAUGUACGGCUGCGUGCAACUGCUGCCGACGCGCAUGGCAACCAGUUUCACAUUCUUGGACACCUUGUACUUCGGUGCGCUCAUCUCGUCAACGGAUCCGCUUACUGUGCUCGCCAUUUUCAACGAUCUACAUGUCGAUGUCAAUCUCUACGCACUUGUCUUCGGCGAGAGUGUGCUCAACGACGCCGUGUCGAUUGUGCUCAGCGGAUCUAUACAGAAUUACGCUGAAAAGUACCAGUCUGGUUCGGGUGGAUUUGAAACCAUCGCUUUCCUGAAAGCAGUCUACGACUUUUUUGGAAUUUUCAUGCUUUCGCUGGUUAUUGGUGCCACGAUGGGCAUGCUAACAGCAUUCCUGACUAAAUUCACGCGAAUCAGGGAUUUUCCCCUGUUGGAAUCGGCGCUGUUUGUGCUGAUGUCAUAUUCGACUUUCCUCAUUGCCGAAGCGAGCGACCUCACCGGGGUGGUAGCGGUGUUAUUCUGUGGAAUGUGUCAAGCACAUUACACCUUCAACAACCUUUCCGAUGACAGCCGGACCCGCACGAAGCAAAUGUUUGAGCUUCUCAACUUCCUCGCUGAAAACUUCAUCUUUUCGUACAUUGGAGUUUCGAUGUUCACAUUUCCCAGGCAUCAUUUCGACGUGCUGCUUAUUUUGACAGGAUUCAGCUGCGCUAUGAUUGGACGAGCUGUGAACAUUUAUCCGCUCUCUUACUUGUUGAAUCUCGGUAGGAAACCAAAGAUACCAACUAAUUUUCAACAUAUGCUCUUUUUUGCCGGAAUGAGAGGCGCAAUGUCUUUCGCUCUAGCGAUCCGAAACACCGCAUCGGAGAUACGACAAGCCAUGCUGACCACAACCUCACUUAUCGUCAUCAUUACAGUGAUAAUCCAAGGUGGCGCUGCGCUCAAUCUCCUACAUUGGUUUCAAAUACCAGUUGGUGUUGAUGAAGAAACUGAAAGUUUAACACGUGGCAAACGCAAUGGAAGUAUAACUCCCAGCGCCACCACUGAGUGGUCGGAUGCAUUCGGUGAAAGCACACAGGCAAUGCAACCGAAUGGCAACGAGAAGGCACGCCUCGCACGCUGGUGGACCUCCUUUGAUACGCAUUACAUGAAGCCACUUCUGACACACUCGCGGCCCACGUUGCUCGAAACACUCCCUGUGUGUUGCAAUCCGCUCGCACGACUUCUCACCACCACGGAGCAACUCACGCAAGAGCACGCCGACUCCGAUUCGGACCUGUGCAUCGUAGAACACGAAAAUGGCGUGCCUCGCAUUGGGCAACCAUCAUCCACAGCUGGCGCAGGCGCGACUGGACGAUCAAUACCUGCAAUCAGCGGCCAUCAAAUCUAGCUUAGCUUCAAUUAAAUGUUGACAUAGGACGUAUAACAGUAUGACAGUAUGAGUAUCAUCGUUACCACUUACCGUGUGAUAGUAACGCCCUCGGAACACUUGUAAUACAAAAGUGGGCGGGGCAUACAAAAGUAUUUGAUUGCAUUGCAUUGUAUUGCGUUGCGCUGUUGUUGCUGAUGUUGUUGUUUUUUUUUCUAUAAUAUGUGCUAUACAAUUUCGACUCUGGCGUUGAAGAGUGAAGAGUCUCGUGUUUAUUUUGUAGGCCUCGGUUUCCUUGAAAGGGGAGUUACACUGGCUGUGAUUCACUUAAUUUAACAAAAGAAAAAUACCUACGUAUGUGUACUUAUUGCUAUAUUACAUUGUAAUCACCAAUAUAUUAAAUAUAGAAAGGGGUCAAACUCCGCCAAUGAUAUAAA